AUGGGAGUUAGCAAUACUAAAAUUAAAUGCCUUAAGUCUAAUGAGCUCUUGGAGUUCUCGAAGGUAUCAACAUUUACUCAAGAAGAAAUAAAUGAUCUAUAUCUUUACUUUAACUAACUCUCUAAGUCCUAAAAAGAUGAUGGUGUAAUUGACUAUGAUGAAUUCUGUCAGGCUAUUGGCUUGAAACAUGGUAUAUAUUCUCAAAAUUUGUUUAAACUUUUUGACACGAAUGAUGACAAAGUGAUAAAUUUCAGAGAGUUUAUUAUUGCCUUCGCUACUUUCCUCAAUGAAACUAUCGACAAACAAAUUAAGUUAUCUUUCAGGAUUUAUGACCCUAAGGAUAAGGGUUAUGUCAAGAAAGACACUUUAGUUGACAUCCUAAGGGAUGCAAUCCGUGGACUUGGAACCUGUGAUUUACCGGAAGAGGUCAUUUAAGAAAUUGUUGAUGAUACUUUCAGAGAUUUGAAAAAGUACCAAUCUCAUAAGCCACAAGAUAAUGCUGUGCAGAAUACACAAGCAACUGCUUAAGUCGGUCAUCUAAAGCAAGAAAAUGAUAGUGACAAAAAUGUUCCGUAAGGGGAUAUCAUAACCUUUGAAAUGUACGAGAAGAUGGUCUAUGAUAAUAACGAUAUUUUGAAAUGGCUUGCUGUUGACCUUUAAAGAAUUAGUCAGGGAGCAAAAUUGAUUAUUAGCGAUAAGGCUGUUAUUAAAAAUAUCAACUGA